GAAAUUUACUAUUCUCACACACAAACAAACACCCACACACAAUAAAAAUCUCUCUCUCAUUCAAACCGUUCGCUCCAUCAACUGUAAGUAAAAAUACUUUCUAACCAAAUUUCCAGUUCCGUUUCCAUUUUCUCUUUCUCAUAACACUAUUGUAUAUAACAUAUUGUUUUCAUUUCACAGUCUCUGUUUUUCAAAUUUUCAAAAAGAUUAACGGAGCUUGAAAUAAAAUAGUACUAAUAUAUAAAACCAUUUAAUUUAUAAAAAAAAAAAAAAAUGAAUACUAGCAGUUGUAUUGGAAUUUCCACAAUGAAACCCUAUUGUAGAAUUCUAAUUAGCCACAAGAGCUCCUCAAUUUUCGGUAACUUUAACAAUUUGUCGAAAUCACAAACCAAACAAUUCAAUUCCCGUCGAUUUCGUAGCUGUGAUUCUCAAAUCACAGGGUACAUAGGCGUAAUCGAAUCGAACCGUAGAUGUUUUAUUGUCUCCGGUUCGAAUUGGGGUCGGUCUAAGGUUUUCCUUGACCACGUUGAUAAGAUUUGGAGUAGCAGUAGCGGUAGGGGUAGGGAUAGUUUGGUAAUUUCACAUGUUGCUUCGGACCUAAGGAACCUCUCGACGUCCACCUCGGUGGACUCAACAGCUAAUGUUGUUAACGAGAAGGGUUUCGAGAGGAUUUACAUUCAAGGUGGUUUGAAUGUGAAGCCUCUGGUGCUCGAUAAGGUGGUCGAGGCGGUUCAUGGUUUGGUUCAGGAGGAAGAGUCAAGUAGGGUAGGGUUAGAUGGGUCGGGUGUAAAUACCGAUGAGGAUUCGAAGGGUUUGGGUGAGAGGAAGGUUUCGGAGAUCGAGGAAGAGGCGUGGAGGUUGCUUCGAAAUGCUGUGGUGAGUUAUUGUGGGAAUCCCGUGGGGACUGUCGCGGCUAAUGAUCCCGUGGACAAGCAGCCGUUGAAUUAUGAUCAGGUGUUUAUUCGGGACUUUGUCCCGUCUGCGCUCGCGUUCUUGCUUAAUGGAGAAGAGGAGAUUGUGAAGAAUUUUCUUCUUCACACAUUGCAAUUGCAGAGCUGGGAGAAGACUGUGGAUUGCUACAGUCCUGGGCAGGGGUUGAUGCCAGCAAGCUUUAAAGUUAGAACAGUCCCUCUUGAUGGAAACGAAGAAGCAUUUGAGGAUGUUUUGGAUCCUGAUUUUGGUGAAUCAGCCAUUGGUCGUGUUGCACCUGUUGAUUCUGGAUUGUGGUGGAUUAUUUUGUUGAGAGCUUAUGGGAAGAUCACGGGCGACUAUGCGUUGCAAGAAAGAGUGGAUGUCCAGACAGGCAUAAGAUUAAUCCUCAAUCUGUGUUUAGCUGAUGGGUUUGACAUGUUUCCCACUCUGUUAGUCACUGAUGGUUCCUGUAUGAUUGAUAGACGGAUGGGAAUUCAUGGACACCCCCUUGAAAUCCAAGCACUAUUCUACUCAGCUCUACGCUGUUCCCGUGAGAUGCUUAUUAUCAAUGAUGGAACCAAGAAUUUGGUGGCUGCUAUCAAUAAUCGACUCAGUGCACUCUCCUUUCAUAUUAGAGAGUAUUAUUGGGUGGAUAUAAAGAAGAUCAAUGAGAUUUAUCGUUACAAGACAGAGGAAUACUCUAUGGAUGCUACCAACAAGUUCAAUAUUUAUCCAGAUCAAAUUCCUUCUUGGCUAGUAGAUUGGUUUCCUGAGGAAGGUGGCUACCUCAUUGGCAAUCUGCAACCUGCUCAUAUGGAUUUUAGGUUUUUCACACUUGGAAAUCUGUGGGCCAUUGUUUCAUCUUUAGGUACCCCCCAACAGAAUGAUGGAAUUCUGAAUUUGAUCGAGGCUAAAUGGGAUGAUCUUGUGGCUCAAAUGCCUCUUAAAAUUUGUUAUCCUGCUUUAGAAUAUGAGGAAUGGCGUAUCAUCACUGGCAGUGACCCAAAGAAUACCCCCUGGUCAUAUCACAAUGGUGGAUCUUGGCCGACACUGCUUUGGCAGUUCACAUUGGCCUGCAUUAAGAUGGGGAGGCCAGAAUUAGCUCAGAAGGCAGUUUCUUUGGCAGAGAAGAGGCUUUCAGCUGAUCAGUGGCCAGAAUAUUAUGACACACGCAGUGGGAGAUUCAUAGGGAAGCAAUCCCGGCUUUUCCAAACUUGGACUAUUGCUGGUUUUCUAGCAUCAAAGAUGCUGUUGGAAAAUCCGGAGAAGGCAUCCUUCUUGUUCUGGGAGGAGGAUUAUGAGCUCCUUGAAACAUGUGUUUGUGCACUUAACAAAUCUGGUCGAAAGAAGUGCUCACGUUUUGCUGCAAGGUCCCAGAUCUUGUCCAAUGAGAAGUGAGCACCUUAACACCUUCUGUAGUAUUUAAUUGCAAAAUAAAGCUAGGGUAGUGUGCUCUCAGCUAAAAACUCUGAUCUUACGUGAAGGUGACUUCAUUUAAUUCAAGACUCUUAGUAGUACUUUCAGCACUAAUCUUAGGUUGUGGAACUGUUAUUCUUCCACAUCAAGCAAUACUGUAAAAAAUUGAAUUUGUUGUCCCAUUAUUUGAACUAGGGACUUACUGAUGUUGAUGGCUCUAUUUUUUGAGAGCUUCUUAUUUGUUCUAUGAUCAGCAGUUGCUUGUACAUGAAUUGCAGUUGUUAUUUGGACAAUACUUAAAGACUUACUGUACAAUUCUUCA